AUGAUACGAACUAUAAAUUGGACCUAUCAAAAGCAGACGCAAUCAAUAAAAGCGCUGAGCAGCAGUAUCGGUUCAAUAUGGCCGCUUGGAGCAGGUGAUGGCGUUCAGCGUAACGUUGGUUAUGUAUCACAAUUGAACAGAGGUGCUGGGGAAAACUUUGAACAACAGCUCGGAAAAUGUGUUGGAGAUAGGGAAUCGCUGAUUCGAGAGCAGUUUGGACGAAUUGGUGAGCUAGAGCAUGAAGUGGAUGUAUUGAAGCGUGAGCGUGAUGCUCUACUGGAGGACGUCAACCAACUUCGCUUCCAGUUGGAAAUGAUGCAAGUUGAACGUCUCAGCGAUGUCAGCCAGGUGUCGGAGCGGAUGCUGACGUCGCCCUGCGGGCAGGGCUGCGGGCCGGGGCCACCCAUCAGGCAGCUGCGGUCAAACUCCGAAGAUGGGGGUCUCGGACGGCACCCCGGCGAAGAUGAGGCAGCACUAAAGCGGGCCAGGCCCGCAGUGACCUGCAGACAGUACGAGCUCUCGCAGGACCUGCUUGACAAACAGGUUGAGAUGCUCGAGCGCAAGUACGGUGGGAUGCGCGCCCAUGCGGCGCUGACGAUUCAGCGAGCCUUCCGCAGCCACUGCAUGCAGAAGCGAUUCCUGGACAUUGCCAGCGCCUCAAAGGCGACGGCCGCCGUGCCCACUACCUGGGCCCCUUACAGCCCGCUACUAGUCAGUUGUCCCCAAACAGUGCCCGGGGAACCCUGCGGGCAGGCCUCCGCCUCAGUCCUCUCCUGGAUGGAAGAAACACGGUACGAGAAAGAAACGCUAUUCUUGCUGCACAGAGGGUGGAAGGGCUCCUGUUUGCAGGAAGGAUCCUCGGAAGAUUCUGUAAGCGAGGAACAGAAGCGUCUGAGCCAGGCAUCCGAGCACAGCAGUGAGGACGGGCCGGGCUACGGACCCUCGGACGUCCUGCUGCUCUACCCGCAGCCCCCUUGUGGGGCGAUGGACCCAGCGUCGAAGGUGUGCGAGCAGGUGCGGAAGCGACAGUACAGAGUGGGACUGAACCUGUUCAACAAGAAACCCGAGCGGGGCAUCCGCUAUCUGGUGGAGAGAGGGUUCCUGGAGGCGUGCCCACGGGCGGUGGCCUGUUUCCUGUUGUCGCGCAAGGGACUGUCGAAGCUGCGCAUUGGGGAGUAUCUGGGCACGCUGGCUGCUCCCUUCAACAUGCGUGUCCUCGAGUGCUUUGUGCAAGAACUGGACUUUUCAGGAAUGCAGGUUGACCUAGCACUGCGGAAGUUUCAAAGCUACUUCAUCUUGCCCGGCGAGGCACAGAAGAUUGAACGUCUGGUAGAAGUGUUCAGUCGGCAGUACGUGCGCUGCAACGCGGAUGUCGUGGGGAAACUGCGCAGCCCGGACACGGUGUUUGUGCUGGCAUUCUCUGUUGUGCUGCUGAACACGGACUUACACACGCCCAGCGUCAAGGCAGACAGACGCAUGAAGCUGGAGGAUUAUGUCAAGAACUUGAGAGGAGUGGACGAAGGUCAAGAUCUGGACCGAGGCAUGCUGGUCGGCAUCUACGAGCGAAUCAAGGCCCACCAGCUCAAGCCCGGCUCUGACCAUGUCAGCCAGGUGCUGAAGGUGCACCACACCAUCGUGGAAAGAGACCUGUAGGUUCCCUCUCUACCCAACUUGGCAGUGCCUCACCGACGACUGGUGUGUUACUGUCGCCUCUAUGAGGUGUACGACAUCAACAAGAAAGAGAGGCCCGGGGUGCAUCAGCGAGAGGUCUUCCUCUUCAACGACCUCAUCCUGGUGACGAAAAUAUUCAGUAAAAAGAAGAACAGCGUGCGGUACACCUUCCGUCAGUCGUUGCCCCUGUGUGGAAUGAGCGUCGCCCUCUUCGAAGCUCCUCAUUACCCUCAUGGCAUCGGCUUGAGUCAACGCGUAGAUGAGAAGGUGCUGAUGACGUUCAACGCGCGCAACGAGCACGACCGGUACAAGUUUGUCGAGGAUCUGAAGGAAUCCAUCCUGGAGAUGGAGGAGAUGGAGAACCUGCGCAUAGAGGGGGAACUGGAAAAGCAGCAGCCCAAAUUCAACCGGCUGGGCAUGACGACUGAGAAUGGAGCGACACGGCCUCCCGCUGCGAGACUCUCUCCGGGUCUCAAGCGCUCCGCCCUCUCAAACUCCCUGCUCGACCUGCAUGACCCACAGGCAGGAAUGCCCAUCCGACGGGGCAGUGCGGGUUCCCUGGACAGCGGCAUGUCAGUCUCCUUCCAGUCAUCGGCAGCCAGCACCGUGAGCAGGGCCUCUUCCUCGGGGGCCACCCCGGGGCCCGGCGUCACCGUCGAACCCAACCAAAGAGCUGCGGGGUUCCUGGGAGCCCUGUUUGCGAGGCGCGGUCGCUCCUGAGGCCGCCGCUUCUCUUCUUGUAUAUAUUGCACGAGUUUUAACUUAAUGGAUGACAGCUGUGUACAGUGCACCUCCCCUGUAAAUAACUUUUUUCUAGUAUGGACAGAUUUUAAUAUAUAUUACCUACAAACACCGGGAUGUCCGGUCCCACAGUCAUUGACGUAGUUUUGUGAAAGAGCACCUCCUUUUUAGUUGAUGCGAGCAAUAAAAAAAAAUGUGCCAGUUA